AUGACGCAGCGCACGGGAGACGACGUUUUCCUAGACGCAGCAGGCGAACCUGAGCUCUUGGUGGUGCUCCUCGACUGUAACUUGGCUGCCUGGGCGCGCGCCGGGUCCGCUGCCUUCCCUGGUGCAGUGAAGGCGUGUUUUGCGCUGGUGCGUCUUCUCGCGGUGGCGCGACCUCUGCUUCAGGUUGCUUGGCUGGGCUUCCGCGAACGAGCCCACACGCGUUGGCUGAAGCCCGUGCAACCGCUGGCCACGGACGACUUUGCAUACCUCCACAGCCUGCAAGAGGUUACGGAUGAAGAGACGAGUCUACAGGGUUUGUAUGCGCUCCCGCAGUUGGGUAAAGCCUUGCGCGAGUUUGCAUGCAUGAAGCUGAGCGAAGCAGUUUCGGUGGAAGGCGCAGCUGCGGAGGACGCUGCUCCCGGUGAACCGCUGCUGCAGACGAAGCAGUCGUCUGCCGCAAACACGGAACAACCAGCGCAAGUUGUCGCUGUAGAGGCGGAUCAGCUAGACAGCCAACAGGUGGCUGCUAGCUCCGCUGACGUUCUCGUCUAUCCAUCCAAUGUUUCCGUUGCGCUGCUGGAGACAAUUUGCAGCCUUCAUGCUAGAGGCUGGUUUCCGGAACGAAAACCUUCCUUCGGAUACGCAGUUGGAGAUCCAUUACGCUCCGAAUCGAGUCAGGAUCCCGAGCAGUUGUCACCUCGGGCCCGACUGGUGGUGAUCUCGGCUCCGGGUCCCUUUGAUGUUGCGGAGUCUGUCCCGCUGUGGAACGCAGCAUUUUGCGCACAGCAGCACCAGCUGCUGGUCGACGUCGUACGCAUCGAAGCCACCUCUGAACCAGGCACGAAGCCUCAGGCACGUGCUGCUCUCCAGCAACUUGCUUACGCUACCCAAGGCAUCUAUCUCGAGUGUCGUUGCGCUUGUGCGAAGCUGUUCACGCAUCUGGCAACAUACAUUGUACCGAAUAGGCUGGAGCGGCGUUACCUCACGCGCCGCAUUCCUGAGUUGGGGUCCUAUGCGUCCGGAACGGAGCGUUGUGGUGUUGUCGAGUCCGUGGAUUUGCGAGCAACCUGUUUUCAAAGUGGGAAACUCGUUCACAUGGGGUACGUCUGCUCGCGAUGUCUAAGUGUAUACAGCACGCCCCAGGCUGCGUGCAUCGUGUGUGAUGCACGUCUGGAUGCUGCUGAACACCCAGAGAAAUGA